UUUCGCUAACUAUUGAGGUGUCAAAGUGUCAGUCUAGUAUUUAUUUUUUCAAUACGAUUUUGGAGCAUUCAAUAGUUGGAAUAAUUGGCAUUUUGUAGUUUUAUUAUAAACUUAUUGGUAGAAAGUCCUAACAGCAAGCUAUGCCAGGAGAAGAUCCAAACGAUAGUAAGGCACAAAAAUUGGCUGCCGCACGGAAAAAGUUGAGAGAAUAUCAGAAACGUGGCGCUGCAGAUAAUGCUUCACAAACAGGUGCAAAUUCUGCCCCUACAGAAUCGCAUAGCAGUAGCAUAGCCGGUGGCAGCAGUAUUUCCAGUAACAUAUCUGAGGCGUCCGAUUAUGAUGUAUCCAGCAAUGGACAUGAGGCUACAAGCACUAAUGUGCCAGUAACAAACGACAAUAACAUAGCGACCGAUAAUGCAACAACAACAGAGAUACCAGUAAUUACAUCGUCGGAUGUUAUUGCAAAUACCGUAUCUACUGUGUCUGCACCUGCACCACCCACUGCCGCUAGUUACUUCCAAACAACACCGCUCGACGUUGCAGCACCGGCGCUCGAUAGUUUUACAGCACCAACGGUUGCAACAACCGUGUUAAAAGAAACUACAACAGACCAAAUACAACUGCAGCAAGUUAAUGCAAUUCAAGUGCUUAUUGCUGAGAAAGCUGCACUCACAACCGAAUUGAAUAAAUAUCGCUGUUUAUGUCGCGAACGUGAAUUGGAAACGGAAGAGCUGCGCACACAGUUGGAAUCGACGACACAGCGACAAGAAGAGCUAACACAACGUCAUCAAGUGCAACAACAAAAUUUGGAGCAAAUGCGUAACACAAAUGCCGAGUUGCAACAUAAAUUGGCGCAAGCGCAUGCAAAACAAGAAGAUCAAGCUGGUCAUUUAGAUGAGUUAAAGCGACUGCUAGAUGUGAUGCAACAACGCGCCACAGAUGUCGAGCAUCAGUUCAAGGAAAAGGCCAAUGAGCUGGAAAUGGCGCAACUGCGCAUACGCCAACUGUCGGAUGAGGCAAGCGUGAAUCAGCCGGAUAAUCGUGUUGAAACACUAACACAAACACAAUUUAUGUACGAACAGCAAAUACGAGACUUGCAGGCCAUGGUGCAGCAGUUGACCUACGAUAAGGAGCAAGCAAAUAAUCAAUAUCAGAGUUAUGUGAAACAUUUAAAUGCCGAGUUGAGUAGUUUGAGUGAAAAGAAUUCUGAAUUGUUGGAUGAGUGCACCAAACAACAAGAGCGUGAGCGGCAACUAGUCGAUCAUAUAAGCACGCUUGAAAAGGACAUACAAAAGAACAUAAGCCGACAAGAUCAGCUAAGGAAAGAGCAAGAACAGGUAAACUCACCACAAAGCGAAACACCAGUCAAGGAAGUGGCGCAACUAAAAGAACAAAUAAGCGAUUUCGAAUUGGAACGACAUGAAUUCCAAUUGAAAAUUAAAUCUCAAGAAGAUCGUCUUGAGUUACUCGGCAAUGAAUUACAAGAGAAACAAACAAAAUUGGCACAACUGGAGGAGCAUAUGCGAAAUUAUGCUGCCGAACAGCCAGACCAAACGAAAUUGUUGGCAACAAUGGAAUCGGAUAAAAUCGCCGCUUCUCGUGCACUUGCACAGAAUAUUGAACUGAAGAAACAACUCGAUGAGUUGGAGUUGCGUUUUGUGCAAUUGACCAAUGAUAAAGCGGAUUUAAUGAAUAAAUUGGAUGCCGAAGAGCAUGCGAAUCGUGAAAUGCGUGCGAACUACAAUGAAAUGGCAGAACGUUUACGCAGCAUUGAUGAGCGUUUCAAAUAUAAGGACGAAGAAAUGAUACGACUCUCACAUGAAAAUAUGGAAUUAACCAACAAAGCGGCGGCGUUGCAACGGAAGCUCAAACAUCAUGGGAGGAAGUUGGAUGAACACGAUCAUGAGCAUGAGCAUGGCGAACAUGCGCACGAACACAAACAAAACGGUUGCGGCGACGGUCAUGAACACAGCCAUGAACAUGAACACAUCGAACACGAACAUGAACAUGGUAAUCACGAGCAUGAACAUGGUCAUCACGAUCACGAACAUGAACAUGAUCAAUACGAUCAUGAACACGAUCAUGCUCAUCACGAACACGUACAUGAUCAUUCCGAUCAGGAGCAAUAUAACGAGCACGAACAUGAGCACGGCGAUCACCAGCACGAACACGACCACUCACAGCACCACAAACAUAUGAAGCAAUUGUCCACAAGCAGCAGCAACACCAGCACACCAUAUUUGCCUACCGAAGAAGCUGUGGAGCGUUUAGAACAACGCUUCACACGGCUCAUGUCACAGGUGGCCGAUUUAACCGAUGAGAAACAACGCUUGGAACACUUAGUGCUACAACUACAAGGCGAAACCGAAACUAUAGGCGAAUAUAUUACGCUUUAUCAAACACAACGCCGCAUGCUUAAGCAACGUGAAUACGAAAAGGCGGCACAAAUGCAGCUCUUACAGCACGAACGUGAACAAUUGCGUGAUCGCAUCGCCGUACUUAAUAAUCUAGUGAAUAGUUUGCGUGCAGAUAUGCCGCACAGCAUAACGCAGCUGCAAGAAAAUUAUCAUGCAGCCGCAGCGCCUGACAGUGCAGUGACUAAUGACACUAGUGUUGCAGCCGAUGCCAGUACGCCUCUGAUUACAGAGGCUAGUGAAGCGUUUGAAGAGCAACAGCAACACAAUCAUACCGAUACACAAUUGACUGCGCAGGAAUCACGCCAAAUAUUAACAAAAAUUCAGGAUAUAAUUUCCGAAAUCAAUGAGAACACACAACACAUUCCCGAUGUGGCCACGGCGCAAACGGUCGAUCAUAUAAAUUGUUGCUUGGGCAAAAUUGAAGUUGUUUAGAGCGCCGACAAAUGGUUUGUGUGCAUAAGUGGAAUGUGCAUUGGCUGCCACUGGGGUUUCAAAUAUGUUUGUUUGUAUGCACUAAGCUACCGUGGUAUAUUGUUAUGUAUGUUUAUCAACUUAUUGGAUUAUUUUGGUGUAACGCUACAUUAAGUUGUUGUCGAAUUCCGUGAAUUAUGCAUUUACGAUUUGUGACAACACUUUAUAGCCUUAUUUACAGUGUUUCAAAUAAUAUAAUACAAAAAUAUUUAAAUAAAAUAUAAUUUGUCAGUUUUGUGCCGUAAAUGAAAGCUGUUAAUCAUUGUUUAGCAUUGCAGUUGCUUUGUUUGUUUGCAUAAAUGAAAAGCAAUAUUGUGGUAACAAGUGUAUCGAAAUUUUAACAAUUAACUUAUGUGCAUGUACGCCUUACAUCGCCAGUAACAGCUUUUCACAUUUCUUUUAUUAUUAAAAAAGUAAAAA